CGGUCACGCGGGGCGGCAUGACCGGAAGCAGAAGAUGGCGCAGGUAAAGAGACAGCAGGGGGGGAUCGUGUCUGUCUGCUAACGUCUGCUCGUCGACGCGGAGGAGAACAGGAGUCUGCCCUGUGACGCGUCUCUCAGCCCCUGGAUUGAUGAGCCGGCUUGGUGGUCCCACCCUGACAGUAGCAUGAACCUGCAGCAGGCCGCCCCCCUCCUCCCUCCGGUGCACCCCGACGUGCAGAUGAAGGCCCUGCCCUUCUACGACGUACUGGACGUCCUCAUCAAGCCUUCCAGUCUGGGAGCAAACACUGCACAGAGAUACCACCAGGAAAAGCAUUUUAUCUUUGCCCUGACGCCACAGCAAGUUCGAGAAGUAUGCAUAUCCAGGGACUUUCUACCGGGUGGAAGGAGGGACUAUAUGGUUCAAAUUCAACUGAGGUUCUGCCUGUCGGAGACCAGCUGUCCUCAGGAGGACAACUACCCCAACAGUCUUUGUAUAAAGGUCAACGGGAAACUGUUUCCUCUGCCUGGUUUCGCACCGCCACCAAAAAACGGCGUGGAACAGAAAAGGCCGGGGAGACCUCUGAACAUCACCUCGCUCGUCAGGCUCUCCUCCGCCGUACCAAACCAGAUCUCCAUCACUUGGGCCCCUGAAAUCGCCAAGACCUAUUCUCUGUCUGUAUACCUGGUAAGGCAGCUGACGUCACCACUGUUGCUGCAGAGACUGAGGAUGAAGGGCAUCAGGAACCCGGACCACUCCAGAGCUCUCAUAAAGGAGAAGCUGACCGCGGACCCAGACAGUGAGAUCGCCACCACCAGCCUCCGAGUGUCGCUCAUGUGCCCGCUGGGUAAGAUGCGUCUGACGGUGCCCUGCAGGGCCGUCACCUGCUCCCACCUGCAGUGCUUCGACGCUGCCCUCUACCUGCAGAUGAACGAAAAGAAGCCCACCUGGAUCUGCCCCGUGUGUGACAAGAGGGCGGCGUACGAGGACCUGAUCAUCGACGGCUUGUUCCUGGAGAUCCUGAACGACUGCUCAGACGUGGAUGAGAUCAAGUUCCAGGAGGACGGCACCUGGUGUCCCAUGAGGCCUAAGAAGGAGGCCGUUAAUGUGACGUCUCAGUCCGUCACGUUGAAGGUGGAGCCCCUGGCUCCCGUACGGCAGCUGCCGGUGCCGCUCCCGUCUGCAGAGCCCAGCUCCACCAAGAAGAUGGACGUCAUUGACCUGACCCUGGAGAGUUCCUCCUCCUCCGAGGACGAGAAGGAAGUGGACCCCCCGCUGAAGAAACAGUGCGUUUACAUUUCCAACAGCGAGGACAUUCAUGCCAAGGGGGUGCUGGCCUACCAGCCGGCGGUGCGCGUGUCCAGCUCCCUGGAGCAGUCGUACCUGACCUCCACCCUGGCCGACUAUGCAGUCCCCUUCCACCCGUCCAGCCUGGCCUCCAUCCCCGCAGACAUGCAGAGUUUGGAUCUGUUCUCGUUAAUCCAAGCUGAUCCUCAGCAUUACCGGCCUCACAUGUUCCUGGACGGCCUGAGCAGCAGCAUGCAGGACUCUGCUGCAGCAGGAACAAGCACCACCUUGGUUUCCUCCUCGUCCUCCUCGUCCUCCAGUCACUACGACACCGGCUCCCACGCCGCCGGCUCCCUCCACGAGAGCCGGGUCAUCGCGGGCGGGGGAGGCGCCGCCGACAGCGGCACAUCAGACAUCAUUUCACUGGACUGACCCCCCCCCAGGACCUCUGUCUAGAUGCCAUGUUGACUUUUGCUGGGGAGUUGUUGAAUAGUGCUGAGGGUUUUGACCUUGACAUUUUUACUUUGUUAAAAAUGGUUUAUAAUCAUCUUUCUUUACCUCAUGGAUUAUUAAAGUGUAAAAAGGUUUGUAUUUCUA